AGCACCUUCCCUUCUAACGCUGAGAAGAAAGCCGUGUGCAGAGCAUCAGAGGCCUCUCUACACUACAGCAGAGUGUUAGAACCAGAAGAGACCGCUGGCAACAGAGGUAACGAUGGCUGGCCUGCGCUGGAUGGCCGUGGUGCUGACCGUCUUCCUGUCUGCUGGAGACAGUUUGGCUGCUGUGGACCAGAACUGGCUCACAAGUAUUAUAGAAGGCAUCAAGAAGGAGUAUGCACUCGAUGGCGCCUUCAGUCUGGCUGUGAACGUCCCAGAGAACCAAGACAUAAAUGAUCUUCAGCAAGUCUUUCAGAGUGACCCAGCAGACAGCGUGAAACAAGCUGUUUCAGAGGGUCGAGUGUACCAGGGCACCCGGGUGGUGGCAGCAGCACGAUCACGGGCAGUGCUAGAAAACAUACAAACCCUCAUGGCGAGCAGCCAGGGUCAUUUCCUCGUCAUCUACUCUGAAGAUUCCCCAUGUUGCCCAACAAACGCAAACGACAUCGCCGACCAGGUCAACGCCAUCGUCCAGAAGUGGAACGGUUACGCGUUCGUGUUUUCUAAAGUGCCCGAUGUUCCUGCCGCGGACACGUGGCGACUGGCUGAAUCCUUCAAGCAGCUUGCAAUUUCUAAACUCGGGCUCGACAAUAUAUUCCGCUGUUAUGAACCCGGACAUGAUCCUUUCCAGUGCACCAGCUGCUCUUCAGGUGGAGAUGUUACGCCCUCGUGUGUGGCAAACGAUGCCUCGUCUAAUGAAGAGCAGCGCGAAGACGAGGAAGCAAGGGAAGUCCCAGCAACAGGCACAGACACAGGCAAAGAGACAGCACCAGGUGGAGGGAUAGCCACAGGCAUAAGUGAAGGAAUAGGCGGUGGCAGAGGAACGAGGGAAGGCAAGGUUAGGAAGCAAAGCAAGGGUAGAGGAGGCGACAGACGAGGAAAAGGGUCCAAGGUUAGGAAGCAAAGCAAGGGUAGAGGAGGCGACAGACGAGGAAAAGGGUCCAAGGUUAGGAAGCAAAGCAAAGGUAGAGGAGGCGACAGACGAGGAAAAGGGUCCAAGGUUAGGAAGCAAAGCAAGGGUAGAGGAGGCGACAGACGCGGAAAAGGGUCCAAGGUUAGGAAGCAAAGCAAGGGUAGAGGAGGCGGCAGACGAGGAAAAGGGUCCAAGGUUAGGAAGCAAAGCAAACGUGGCCUGCAAUGAUACGGGUAACAACAAUCUGAGCAGCAGCCCAAUUAAUCUUACUGAGACAAAUCAGCACCGCAUGCUUAAUAAAAAUGUGUUUUAAUAGAUUUAAUAACUUCGCUCUCCGCCAUGUAAAACUCUUAAUACCUGCAGUGGCAGUGAUACUGAAAGGAUUCCCAGUUUCCAAACUACUCCACAAAAGUACAGCCAGUGUGUUUUAUCUGCGCCAGAGCAAAAUGGCAGAAUUGAUCUUGAUUUUUCUAGUUCUUAAUACAUUUCAGAUAAUGACCAAGCACCAAGCACCUCUGUGCUGCGAUUAGAACAACUAUGAAUGGACUUGUUUUCCACCUGCCUGAGCAAACCCAACUCGAAAAAGAAAAGAAAAAAUAAUAUGUGGGGGUGAAUAUAGAGUUCAAACAGUCCAACAGAAUUUUGUUCCCACAUGUGUCACUGCACUUCUAAAGCAUUGUUCUGUUCUUUCUGAUUAAAGCUUGGCUAAGCAUC